AUGCACUCGCUUGCUGUCGUCACCUCCAAUAGAUUGCUCGACCACACGCUGUAUGCCGUUGCAUCCAUCACGCCUUCUUCCUCCAGCAUCUGUCUGCUUCUCGCAGCAGGCAUCCCUCCGCACCCUGUGACGCCCUCGGCUUCUCUGUUCUCAUCAUUCCACUUUGAUAGUUCCCAGUCGCGUGCGCCACUGUUCUCUACGGUGUCGCUGACCGCACCAAUCGCGAGUGUUCCUGGCUCGAAGGCGUACGCCAUUCACUUAAGCUCCAAUCCUACGGCACUGUUGACCCGAUUAGCCAAGAUAAAAGGCUUGCAGCCAAACUCAAAUGAGGUGGUACGCAGCACACAGAGCCAUGCUACGGCUCUUGCAAAAGCUUCCCAUGCCAUGCACCUAUUCUGGCAUCUGCUCAUUGUGCUGGGGAAUCUCGCCGUCAUGAACGUGUGUGCAGCGUGUGCAAGCAGCCAACCACAACGAUCGGGGUACACGACUCUCGUCGAGCAUAGCCUGGAGGUCUUCCAGAACAGAUCAACAACACGUGCAAGUGAUGUACACUGCACGACUUCGCAGCUGCGCCAGGGCAAGUGCGGAGGAUAGGCGCCGCAGGGUGUAUGGACGUCUAUAAGCCCGGUACAGGUUCAGGUACAGGUCUGAAGGGAUGACCACAGUGACCUAUUUGGAAGUUGCGCAUCUCCUGCCAGUACCUUACCAAUAGAAUUGCAGCUGCCCAGAGAGUGCUCCUUCGAGGCUCCAGCGGACAGAUGCUAGCCUGUUUGGACCAUGAUCGACGACUUUGCACUCCACUGGGGCUUGUAGAAAUUUGGGAAGCUGAGCGAGGGAAGGGAAGGGAUUCAGCAGACCAGACGCCAGAAUAGCCGUGAGCCGUGAGCCGUCUUCCCCGAGCGACACCACCACCUCCACCACUGGACUGCCCCGUCCACCACCGCAACGGCGGAACCGGCAGACGCGCCACUAGGCAGAUGGUCUGCCGCGCAGCUGGAAGAAAUCCCACGUUUACGUUCUGUUUCGUCACGUCGUGAAGUGGCCGCUUUCUACCUACCUUACCUCCA